UCGUCUAUGAAUUUCUGCUCCAAUACAAUAAUAUAUUUGCCAAUGAAAUUGAGCUGUGAAUACGGGGAAAUAUACGAAUUUUUUAUUUGACAAACGAUCAAAUUAGAAUUAAAAUCAGUUAUUUAAUUUUUUUUAUAUUUCAUAUUCUAGUCACAUUCUGUUAUUAUUUUUUUAAUGGCUGCCAUGCUGUUAAGGACUAGUAGUGCGUGUAAAUACAGGGUGGCUGCGCUUGUUAGAGUGCUAUUCUUCUUCAGUAUACCAUUACUGUAUUUCAUUGCGAACGAUAAUAAACAAGUGUUCGUAAACGAUAUAGAUUCAGCAGAUGAUUACAUGGCGCUUCCUGUUCGACAUCUGUUAGCCAUCAUUGAUAAUCCGAAUAAGAACUGCACUCCACCUGCCAUUCUUGAAUUUCCUUCGGAUGGUCUCACAAGAUUUCAGAGACAGCAUGGCUUUAUUUUAAUUCAUUGCUUGCUGGCGGUGUACUGCUUCCUCCUGCUCGGCACUGUCUGUGAACAAUAUUUCGUGCCGGCGAUCGAGAUUAUCUGUGAACGCUUGAAUAUGGAAGCCGAUAUAGCUGGUGCGACGUUCAUGGCUGCUGCCAGUUCAAGUCCAGAAUUAUUUAUCAAUUGCAUUGGGACUUUUGUCACCGAAGGGGAUCUGGGUGUUGGCGCCAUUGUGGGUUCUGCUGUGUUUAAUGUCCUAGCAGUACCUGCGUGUUGCGCUCUUGUUGCGGGAAGGGUAAUAGAGUUGGACUGGUGGUCGGUAUCUCGGGACUGUAUGAUGUACGCAGUUGCUGUGGUGGCCCUGAUCUUAACGCUUCUAGAUGAUAAAGUAUAUUGGCACGAGGCUCUCCUGCUAGUGCUUAUGUACACAUUUUAUAUCCUAGCUAUGGUGUAUAAUGGCCGUCUUGGAGAUUUUGCUAAAAGUGGUUGUUGUUAUAUCAAUAAGAAGAAGAAAACAUAUACCGAAAUAUCUCCUCUACUUAUCAAGGAUAAAAAAAAUCCUUUAGAAGCGUCGCAUCAAAUACUCCACUCAAACCAAAACGUCAAUGACAUUGAACAGGGGAUAGUGAUUACGAAGAGGCACAAUUCAACUGAUUCUGAGUGCAGUACAAGUUCCGUAUGGUCAUGGCCGGACGAGAAAUCAUCAAUAAUGCAAAAGUUCUUCUGGAUCAUCACCUGGCCUAUGGGCUUGCUGUUAUGGGCCACGAUACCAGACUGUAGGAAGCACCAACGGCUGUACCCCCUUACAUUCGUGAUGUGCGUCACGUGGAUUGCUGGUGUCUCCUACCUGGUGGCUUGGAUAAUAACUAUAGUUGGUGAUACCCUCAACGUACCUGACAGCAUUACAGGUUUGACUAUAUUAGCAGCUGGAACCAGUUUACCCGAAGCCGUUUCCAGCGUUCUUGUAACAAAUCAAGGUCAUGGUACAAUGGGUAUCAGUAAUUCAAUAGGAUCUAAUACAUUCGACAUUCUACUAUGCUUAGGAUUGCCGUGGCUUAUCAAGUCCUUAUUCUAUCCUUCGUUUCCUGAUAACCAUUGGGUUAAAAUCAACUCGAGUGGCUUGUCCUACAGUGCUGUCUCCCUUCUCUCCACGUUAAUUGCGCUAUACGGGUCUCUAGCUCUAAAUAAAUUUCAGCUGGAUUGGAAAGUUGGGCUGACAUGUGCGUUAGUUUACGCAGGAUUUCUUUCAAUGGCUGCGCUUAUUGAGCUUAAUAUACUAUUUGUUGUGAAUUUACCAACCUGUCCUCAUUUAUAAAUAUCGAAUAAAAUAUAAAGCAACUUGUUUUUAGUACUAAUAUACAUGGGUAAGUAGUACUAAGGUGAAAUAAUACUAUUGCCAUGGAAUUUAAACGAAAUAUUUUAUAUUAAGGCACAUGUCAACCAUCAAAUUCUUCCGAUGACAAAUUAAAAAAAACACAGAUUACACAGAAAACACAU